CCGGUGCAUGCUUGCGUGGGCGCAAUUGUGUGCGAGUUCGAGCGUGCCUGUGGGUGUGCGUGGGCGUGUGUGGGGGGAGUGACGAGCUUGCCACACGCACACACACACACACCGAGGAGGAGGGGGGAGAGAUAGAUAGAUAGAUAGAUAGAUAGAUAGAGAGAGAGAGAGAGAGAGAGAGAGAAACAUGAGCAGUGUGCUGCUGUAGAUUGAUGUCGGAAACUGCCGAGACUUCAAAAUUUCUUUCGUCGUCGUCGGAGCGGUGAACACUGAACAGCUCCGCGCGAAAGCGGCUCUCUACAAAGGGACACGUGGCAUCGUUACGUGAGACGUUGACGGGGAAGGGGAGUGAGAGUGGGGAGAAGUGGGUGACAAUAGGAGCCAUCGGAAAGUGGAGGCGGCGGGGGGGGGGGGGGGGGGGGGAGAAGACGAGAGGAGAGAAGAGGGAGGUACGGACGAGAGAGGAGAGAGCAAGAGGGAAGUGAAGGGUGGUUGUGUAAGAAGCUCAGCGACUGUCAUCCACGUGUCAUCAUCCUCUUUCGACAUCGGCUGUGGAGAAGGGAGAGAGGAGGUGUAGAGGGGGAGAGGAGGUGAAGACCGUUCGGUGACGCUUAGCAUCCUGCAGCAGAAAGAGAGACCUUAAAAAAAGAUAGUGAAAAAAAGCGCAAGGAACUGCAGAGCCAGUGGUAAGAGGCAGAGUGAGGAGGGAGAGGGAUUGCUUUUUUGCUCUGCUCUGAUUUGAUCUGAUCUGAUCUGAUCUGUAGGCCACGUCAGCGCAGACAUGGAUUACGUGGGACAAAGAUUGUCAGAGCAGUUAGCUCAAUACACGAUAUUGUUGGCCGCCCUGAUUGCACUUCUGGCGGGAUGUUUAAUGGAAUCAUAUAAGCUAAUGAUGCUUGUGUAUGCGGGAGGGGUAUUAUUGGCAUUCGUCAUUUCCGUUCCUGAUUGGCCGUACUUUAAUCAGCACCCGCUGACGUGGCUCCCGCCUCGAUCAGAAGCGGCAAUCGCCGCUGCUAAGGCGGCAAGGGCGGCAGCGAAGAACCCCGCCGUUUCCGGCAAAAAGGCGGGAGGUGGGAAGGCGGGAAAACGAUGAGAUGAUAGCGUGGGCAAAAAGGCGGGAAUGCGAUGAUGAUGACGUGGGCGAAAGGCGGGAGGUCGGAAGGUGGGAAAGCGAUGAUGAUGACGUGGUAAAAAAGGCGGGAAAGCGAUGGUCGACGUGGAGAGUUGUGCAGCAGAGUGCAUCCCGUAAUAAUUAUAUAUACCAGUGUGACUGAAAUGGUGGGAAAUGACGUGCAAGCCACAGGCGCGGAGUGGCGGGAAAUGGUGGGAAAUGACGUGAAAGCCACAGGCACGGAACAUUGUUCGCAGGGCGGGAGAGCGUGGAUGACGAGGGUGAGCGACCAUGUAGGUGGUGUACGGGUAAUUAAUGGAUUGGUGGAAAUUGAGACGGAAGGCAACAGACACCCUCCCUCCCCCUCCCCUCCCCCUCCCCUCCCCCUGCGUCCCCUUCUCUUCCCGGCAGAAAAGACGACAGGGGAAAGGCGUGAGGGUGAUUAUCACAAGCUGGACGCCUGAUCUUCGCGCCACGUAGGCUUGACUGACGAACUGGCGGGAAGUGACGCGCGGGAAGCGAUGACCGAUCGUAUGUUAAGGGAGGAGGAUUGCUAAUGGCUCCACGUAAGCAGUUUGGUAAGUGUUGAGAUGCCACGUGGCAGCUCCUCGAGCGAGGACGCCGAGUUGUUGACUGUGGAUUUGCGAAUACCGUUGAUUGGUUCGGCGGGACGAAACGAUCAAGGGAUUGCGCGAAACAGGGAGAAACCGAGAGAGAGAGAGAGAAAACGUGAGAGAGAGAGAGAGAGAGAGAGAGAGAGAGAGAGAGAGAGAGAGAAUCUGUGAUUUUGGGUUGGCUUGAGGACUGUAACGAUAAAGUUUUUGGUUAAUU